UGGAGGAAAAACCGCCAAUUUCUUGAUUUUCAUCGUCGCAGAAAGAUAAUCCCACUAUGACACUCGCAGCCGUCACUCUAUCAUCUCCUCUCAGUCUCGCUACCAAAUUAAAACGACGGCCACAUCCUAAAAUCACCUGCUCCUCCGUCACUACCCAAUCGCAGUCAGCCAAACAGGACCUCCUCAAUCUCAUUUACGACCAAGACCGGGGCCUCAUAUCCCAAAGAGACCCUGCCAAACGCGAUGCGAUCAUCAAAGCCAUCGAUGCCAUGGCCAUCCUGGGUCGCGAUACUGUCACCACUGGCGAUUCCCUCUCCGCCACGUGGCGGCUUCUAUGGACCACGGAGAAAGAGCAGCUCUUCAUUAUAGAGAAAGCUCACCUGUUAGGUACUCGAGCCGGCGACGUUUUGCAGGUCAUUGAUGUCGAGAAGAAGACUCUUAAUAACGUGAUCACGUUUCCACCUGAUGGAGUUUUCUUCGUUCGAUCCAGCAUUGAAGUUACUUCCUCUCAGAGAGUGAAUUUCAAAUUUACGAGUGCGGUUCUGAGGGGAAAAAGCUGGGAGAUUCCGUUGCCGCCGUUUGGGCAGGGUUGGUUCGAGACUGUCUACCUUGAUGAUGAUUUUCGAGUUGUGAAGGAUAUCAGGGAUGAUUACUUAGUUGUUGAGCGUGCUCCAUAUAACUGGAAAGAAUAAAGUGCAUGAUUUUUCCUCUAGUCAUAGUAAUCAAAUGUGAUUGUUCCCGGGAUGUGCCUCUGCUUCCAAACAAUUAUCUGCAGGAUUUAUGGCCUCUUCCCCUCUCUACUGGUGACACAAACAUUUAACAUGCAAUGUAUAUUUGACAAAUAUAUACUGUACAUGUGAAUAUUUUCAGGAAUAUGAAGGCAGAAUUAGAGCACAUGGUUUUGUAACAGCUGAUGACUACAUACUUCAAUGUUGAUGCUUUCCGCAAUCCUUUUUUUGUAUUAUAUUUCUGCUUCAUGCAUAUAAAGUUUUUUAAAUUCGAUUGAUUGACUUGGUGCAA